AUGAUCAGUUUGAUGCCAAGUAUUCAUUUAGCUCCCCGAGACUUUUCUAAAGAUGAAGAAAAACGUAAUGCUUGGGUCGUAGUCACAGAUUCCCCACUCACAGAUUAUGCUCUUCUUCAAUCACGUUCAGGCUGUAAUGAGAGAGUCCAAGUGAGACUGCAUCAGAAUUCAUCUAUAUAUGGCCUAUUUAUCGUUAUCAUUCAUUCCUCUUCGGAAGAUUGCAAAAAAUUGAAGGUGAUGGGUGGAAAGAUCGAUACAUGGAUGGACAGGCAGAUGGCAUUAAUUAUUGAAGAAGUUUACAACGUAGCUUUAAAGCAGUUUCGUGGUGGAUCGAAUGUGGUGAGUAGAGAGAUGGAUAGAUGGUUGGACGGGUGGACCAAAGAAAGGGAUAAUUUGCCUAUUCAUUAA